CCAGUUCACAGGCAAGAGAUACGGCUCGUCGUCAACUUGUCGGAGAGCCGCUAUGGCCGAUAACUCCAAGCUCGUUUACGGCGGUGUGUUUCUUUUAUUUCUAGCCUACAGUCUCCAAGAUUUCUUUUUUAACUCGGAAGAGAAUGCAACGCAGCUCAAGGAGAUCCCAAAGACGAGCUUCAAGACGGACUUUGCGAAUCCCAAAUUAAGGUUCCUCUACUGCUACUCGUGAGGCUACCGGCGGGCUUUUGAGCAGUAUGCGGGGCUGCUGCAGGAGAAGUACCCCUCGCUGUCGGUGGAGGGGGACACAUACCCUCCCCCGAGCCCCCGCAUGCAGAUGGCCCACGCCCUCAGCCUGCUCAAGCUCGCCGUCAUCGCCCUCGUGCUGCUCGGGGUGGACCCCUUCCGCUACCUCGGGACGCACACCCCGGCACCCUUCGUCUGGAUGCUCAACAACAAGUUGUACUCCUGCCUCAUGUUGUUCUUCGUCUGCGGAGCGAUUGAGAGCAGGCUGGUCUCAACUGGGGCAUUUGAAAUUUACUUCAAUGAUGUGCGUGUGUGGUCCAAGAUCGAGACUGGGCGCAUCCCAUCCCCACCCGAGCUGUUCCAGAUCAUAGACAACCAGGUGUUCCUCAAGUCCUCUGUGCUGUCCCUGGCGGACAGAUAGCCGACCCCCCUGCCCCCCCACGGGAUAUGGCAGUCUCCACGGGGUGACCGGCAGGGCGCCGUGCCCCAGCUUGUCCCUUCGUCGUCGCAACAUGAAGCCCGCCGCGGAAAGCAGCGUCGUCUGCCAGCGGUGGGCGGAUGCACCCCAGCGAUGGACGUCGGGAACGCUUCGCUGGCGCCUCCACCCGUCGCGUCGCGGAGAGUGCCAGCCUCCCCUUCCCCUCUUUGGCUACAUCUUUCUUUCUCUCUUUUCUUAUUUCCCAGCAUUUGUACAGUACUAUUGUGGGUUUAUUCAAAAGAGUGUCUAUGUAAUGUUGAUUUGCAAUAAACAGAAUGAUUGUUGGA